UUCACAUUGUACAAGGUGCGUAAUAAGGACCACGAAAGUAAGAUGGCUGCUGGGUUUUCCUGAUCUACGAUUGGGGUUUCGAAAUCAUUAUAUGUGACCAUUCUUACACAAGUUGUCACUGAGUUUGAAACAAAAAACUAUCAGUAAGAGAAAAUGAGUGAGGCUAUAGUGAUAGUAGUGAAGCUGCUGGGACAAUCUGACGAUGUGCAGCCCGAGCCGUUUUAUAUUAGCCAAGGAAUUUCAUGGCGAGAUCUUCGAGCGAUGUUACUGGCUCUGUAUGACGACCAGCCCGAUGAGCUAGAUGUCCGCUACCAGGAUGAAGAUGGGGAUCUGUGCAUUUUGAGCAGCAAUGACGAGUUACAGGAAGCUUUCAGAUACUCAUCAACUACGGCCAACGUGCUGCAGCUGAACGUGAAGGCCAUGGACCAGGAUAAUGAUUAUGAUCCAGCAGAGGUCCAUAUGAUCCAUGUGAACCCCCACUCACUGUUCACGGAUGCAGAGAAGGAAGAACACAACCUGUUAUCCCCCGGCCCGGGGAGGGUUCUUCAGCAGGCCUGCGUCAAACCACAGCCCAGGGUUGAAGCACUGAGGGAUGCUGACAAGAUUGAGAUUCAGAUAACACAGCACACCGACUGUCAACCUGAAGUAGCUUCAGAGCUGGCCGAGACUGGCGAGGUGACACCUAACCAUGUGUUUGAUGAAGAGACUGGACUCAUCCACAACCAGAUCCUGCCAGAGCCCAUCAAGCCUGCUUACCAUGAACCUGUGGUACGGAAGAAGGCUUGUUACUAUGAAAUCCAGGGCAGUGACCUGGCCUCAAACGAGAUGGACAAGCUGGUCAAGCAUGUUGCAGACAAACUUGGUGGGAGUCAGGACCAGGAGUCUGGAGAACUCUCCUCUGCGAAGUCUGAGGAAGGAGAGGCCAUGCCAUACCAGGCAUUUGUACAUUUCAUGGAGAAGCUGAAGCAGGAGCUUCGGAAUGAGAUUGUGCAUGACGUCACCAAGAAGACAGUCAAGCAGGUGCUCCGUGGCCUGGACACAGCCUGGCCAUAUGGUGCCCGCGACCGCAAGGAGAGUCGCAGCUCACAUCCUUUGUAUUUACACGAGAAGAUUCUGUGUGACAAGUGUCAGAAAACCAUCAUUGGACCAAGAUAUAAGUGCGGCAACUGCCCUAACUUCGACCUGUGUGAGGAUUGUGAGAGCAAGCCGGGGAUCCACAACCAGGACCAUGUGUUCCUCAAGCUGCGACGCCCGUGUCUGGAUGCUGGACUGAAGGAGGGCCGCAAGGUGCCGCUGCUGAAACACCUGCUGUACGCAGACAACACGGAGAGACACACCGAGGAGCAUGACCGACUCCGAGCCUGGAAAGUGGCUGAGAAGUUGGCUCGACGCCAGGAGAAGAUGAAGAAGCGUGAGGAGAAGGUGCAGGAGAAGCAGAAGAGGAAGGAGGACAAGCUGAAGCGCAAGCUGGAGAAGCUAGAUGUACCCGCCAUGAAGGACCAUCCCCAGAAGAAGGAGAAGGUUGAGUCCAACGCACUCCCCCUGCCACAGUUCAAGUAUCCCUAUCAGGUUCUGGGAGCUGAGUUUGUGCGAGACAUCACGAUCCCUGACUACACGCGUGUCCAGCCCGGAACUCGUAUGCGGAAGACAUGGAGGAUGAAGAAUACCGGCAGCCACCAGUGGUCAGCUUCCACCCAGCUGCGACUGAUGUGGGGCACCAUCCCUGCCCCCAAGACUGAAGUGUUUGUCCCUGCCCUGCCCCCCAGCCAGGAGGGCAACAUCACUGUGGAGCUGAUCGCCCCAGAGGACCCAGGAAGAUACCAGAGUCACUGGAAGCUGUUUGACCGAGGGGUGAACUUCGGCCACAGAGUGUGGUGCUCCAUUGCUGUGGAGCCCAAAGAAGUCCUGGAGCCGACACGUCCGGACCAGCUGAAGAUGGUGGAGUCCACAGAGGGACAGACAGAAGCACAGACAACUGUAGCCUGCAAGGAAGAAGAGGAGGACCCAGAGGAGAAGUUUGAGGAGCCCCAGGUUGAUGAUCCAGCCGAAGAAAUUUUCCUUGAGGCUGUGGAAGAGAAACAGACAACCCCUUUCAUCAUGGCCUCCAAGCUUGUCCCUGCCACUGUUAUCCCAGAAGUCAAGGAAGAGGCAGUGGUUGAGGUCAAGGUCAAGGUCGAAGAGAAUGAGGUUAAAGUGGAAGAGAGUGAGGCCAAGGUCACAGAGAGUGUGGCUACACAGGUGGAAACUCAGGUGUUGGAGGCGGUGAGCAAAGCUGGCUUGUCCAAAUUUGGUGAAGCUACUGCAGUAGAGGGCGUGGUUGACCUACUUUCCUUUGAGUUCCUUGAUCUGUCGGAUAGGAAGACCUCCAAGGCCUCACAGACUGCGACCCCCAACAACACUCCUCUUGAUGUGAGUCCUCCUAAGUCUCCAGCUCCAGAGCCCUUUAUUCCUGCAACAGUGUCCAACAGCAGCAGCGUGGAGCUUGUGGGCAGCGAGGCUGAGAAUAACCUGCCCCACCUCACCGAGUACGUCCAGCAGAGGAUGGCCAGCCUGGAGCUGAAACCAGAUACAUUUGAUGAAGCUGACAUUGAGUCUCUGAGCAGCCUGUCUCUGUCUGACGAUGACUCUGAUGACUACUGCAUCGUCCCCUUGCCCGACUGCUUCAACACUGAGAUGCCUCUCACACGCUCGGCGGCUGGACCACUGGAUGACAACCAGAACGAGAUUGGGGUUCCAGAUGAGAAUCUGUCAGAGGAAAGGAGUGUUACUCCUCAGCCCUCGCUGGACGAAAUCCUCACCACGUCCAGUGUAGUCUCAACACCAGCUCUGGACCCUGAGCCAGCAGCCCAGAGACAGGAGGUCAUGGCCCCACCACAGGAAGUAGAAGGGGAACAACUCCAGCUGGAUGAGACUGAGACAAAGCAGAAGCAGUUUGAGGAGGAGGAGGAGGAGGAGGAGGCGGGAGAGGAAGGAGCAGCUUCCGCAGCUGUGCCGAUGCAGACAGCCAGGGUCGUGGAUGAGAAUCAGAACUCAGAAGAGGAUAGGGAGGGAACAUCUCCUGUUCAGUCUACUCCAUCAGAAUUUGUGAACCAGCUGUUCCACACAGCUAUCGUCGCGGCAACGAAGGCUGGCGCCAAAGCCUACAGCACCACCAAGGAUGUGUUCAACUCUAUGCAGGCCAAACAGUGGAAACAUAAUGAGAAUGGUUGGACACCUCCCAAGAACACCUGGACACCCGCUGAGAGUACUUGGACACCCCCAGAGGACAAUUAUGUCCCCCCUCAGAGCACUUGGACUGGUCCAAACCCCCAAGAGCCCAAGCCUGUGACCAGUAGUGACCCCAUGGUCCGUCUGAUGGAGAUGGGCUUCUGCAACCGUGAGCUGAACAAGGGUCUGCUGGAACGUUUCAAUGGAGAUCUGGAGCCUGUCAUUCAGGAGCUCCUGCAGCAGGCGGACAGUGAUUGGUCAGCUGCCCGACAUGGAUUAGCCAAUCAGUGACCUGCGUUACCAGACGGGAGAGAAAGACUGAGCGAAUGAUCAUGUCGAAAGGAGAGCGAUAGUUUCUAUUUGAACAGCGUCUGGUUUGUUGUGUGGAGUGUGAUGGAAUUUCGACUGGUUGGAACAGAAACAUGGAAUGAUGUACAUAGUUGGAGUGAAGAUGUAGAAUAGGAUAUUAGCAUAUGUUCACUUGUACAGCGAUCACACGAACAAGCAAAUUUUUUAUCAUACAUAUACACUGAUGUCAUUCACAUGCUUCUAGAAUUUGUUUUUGUGUAUCUCCAGUUCUCCCCAGUACUGACUGGAAAACCUUGUUCAUGGGAUUACACUGAGAGUUGAUCUUGUCUUUAUUUAGCUUUGAAAUUGAUAAUUUAGCUUUGAAAUUGAAUUUAAAUUAUGGGAUGUACUGUCAAUGUUCUAUCUCAGAUUCUUUGUUUAGAUAGGCUCUUUGAGAUAUGUUAUGAUUUCAUGUUAUUGAUAUGAUGAGUGAAAUAUUUAAUACAAUUAUUGCUUUUCCAAGUAGUUUCUUUGUUUUAUAUUAUAUGCAUUAAUGAUUGGUUGGACAAGAAAUUUGGGCUCAAUACACAAGGAUUACAUUUGAGUAAUGAUUAAAUUACCCUAGUCUGUAGAUCUGUAAGCUUUGACAUAUCAUUAUAAGUCUAAUGUGAUACAUUGUUUAUUUGCAAUGUUUGGUGUGUUCUGUGUCUGGUUGUAAACUUAAGGUCAAGGUGUAUUGUAACGUAUGUAAAACUGUGAUACAAUAGCUAAAAGAUGGGUACUUGGAUACAAGCAUUAAACUGAGAUACCGUAUCUAAUACUGUGUGUGUACUUCUAGUCCAGUUGACUCUGUUUCUACGCCUGUUUCUCAACUACCAAAAUUUCGUUCUACUCUUUUAGAGGAAAGUGUUCAGUUCAGUUUUCGAACGCAGGGCUUGAGAUCUCUCCGUAGCAUUAUUGAUAUGGUCACAUCAAAUUAAUAAUUCGUUCAUUGGAAUCACUAUUACAAUUUUCGAAAACUAUGUUUCAGAUUUUGAAUGAAAUGUAUAGAUUGUUUGCAGAAUUAUUUAAGAAUUGUUACUAAGAAUGAAACAACAGUAUGCCAAAGAAAAGCACACAUGCUUACCUGAGUUGGACAAAUAUUACAACUGGAAAGUGGAAAUGUCUUUUAACAUAUUCACUUAGUUCGUGGCAUUUAUCAUAUCACUUGCUCACUAAUGCAUCUUUAUUUAGAUAUAAACCUGAACCCAAAAUGCAGAUGCUUAAGGCAGUCAUCAUCAAUCCCAUUUGGGUCAAGCUACUGGUAGUGAAGACUCAUACCUAGUGAAGACUCGUGCCUAUUGAAGACUCGUGCCUAAUUAAACUAGUUAUCUCUGAACGGUUUUAUCAUGUUUAAGCUUGUAUCUGUAUGCUCCUGCAGUGGUGAUUAGCUUGUAUAUAUUCCUAACACUGAAGAGCACCCUGUAUAACCAACCAUCUGUGUGUGGAAGCUUUGAUGUUGUAUGCUUGAGAUCGAUGAGAGAAAGAGGAAAUCUUCAUGUUUGUCUGAAGUCUUUCAAUGACAAAUUUGUCUAAUAAAGUCAAAUAAAAUAUUUUGAAAAAAUAAAAUAAAAUUAUGACAGUUAUCAUAUUCAAGUAAAGAAAUAUGAAUGCAUCACUAAAAAGAAUAUUUCACACAGAUUUUGAAAAGUUGGUUGACAAUUUAUGAUUAUUCUAAAUAUUUAUGAAUGUAUUUUGUUUUAAUUAAUUUGUUAGCCAUGUUUUUCUUGAGGUAUAUUUGGACAUGUGGGGACUUUUCUGAACUUAUGUAAGAAAAAUGUGUUUGUUAAUCUGCAAUUUACUUAACUGUAAUCGCAGACCUCAGCAACAAAGUGCUAUUGUAGAUAACUUGAAGGUUUAUCAUUGUACUCAGUGGUAUAUGCAAAUGUUUCAUCUUAGGGGAUAGUCUUGUUUAUUUAUUAUGCAUGAGUUUCUUGUCAUUUUACAGUUAGAGUUUCCAUGUUGGGAAAAGCUAUGUCAGACAUUUUUGAAAAGGUGAUUUUUUAUCUUGCUUUUUGUUGAUCUAAUAAGUAUUCACAAACAUCUGCCAUCGUUUUGGUUUUGGCAAACUUUCGAGAAGCUGAAGAGGGCAUUAUUAUAAAUGUACCUUCGUUUUCAUUGAUUCAGAAGUUGUAACACAAACAUGCCAUCAUUUUCGUUUUUCUUAUGGCAUAUAUUGAAAUUAUUCAGCUCAGCAGCUUACAAUAUUGAGUACUGCAUUCAGUUUCAUUGGCUGUCUCCAUUGAUAAAAGCUUGCCAGCAUGUUUUCACCAAUCUAUACCUCAUUUGCAUAUAAGUUGUCUAUAUCUGUGUAGGAUAUAUUUUGUUUUGUCGACUUGCCUCCCUUGUAAACAUGUACAGGAAUAUUAACCCAUGUAUGCUUGUUUCUCCUGGUAAAUUGAAGCUUCUUUAUUUAGUUUAUAGAAACUCAGCAUUGUGAAGUUCAUCUACCUAUUAAAUUUAAACAGUUUUGUUUGACCUGGAGGUGUAUGGAGACAGGUAGCCAAUGUCUGUGUUUAACCCCUAUUCAUAAGGUGAUAAAAAUAGUUGUUUCCCAGACACUUGAAGUAUUUCAAAAAUGAUUCUUCACGAAAGCAUUAAUGUUUGUUUAUGGUUUGAAAUGAAUCACACCAUAUUUUGUCUUUUUCCAAAUGACAAAAUAUCUGGUCUGAGGGAGUCAGUGAUGAAACCCGUCCUCAGUUACUGAUUAUUGAUGAUAAUUUCCUGAGGACUACUUGAUUAUGCAAUUUCCAGGCAAACAGACUUGUUUUGAAUUUAUAAUUUUGGUAUUGGUGCCAAGGUGGUGUGACUAAAGACAUAUAGUUUGAACUUUCUUGUUGUUAUUAUUAUGUAUGCUAUUUUAUUCAAUAGUUUCCUAAAAAAGAUGUUUGUUUCAGGAUGAUUUGUAAAUUGUUCAUGUUACGAUGCUGGUAGACAAAGCCCAGAUCUGUCAGACGAAAAAUGAUUAGAUUUUGUAAUUCAUCUUUGUAUCUGAGUGGAGAAAUGAUUCAUCAACAACAGGUAACAUAGCUCUAGAAAUUUCGCUGUGAAUGUUGAUAUUAUGUUUCUGUGAAAUUUGACUUGUUUUUUGUGUCUUUGUUUGGAUUUGAAGACUUCCCUCACAGUAAUAAAAUGUCAUGUUCAA